GAUCAUGCGGUCGGUGCAUAAAUGGGGUAAUUACAGUUACUAAUGUUGUUUUGCCGUUUUAGGGCAUGGACGAUGAGAAGACUUUGGUAUUUCAUGUUCUGUAUUUCAAUAAGUCGUUUGUGUUUACCUGGACUUUCUCCCACCUAAUGGGAGCAAAAUCGUGUAAAUGGACAUUGAAUUCUUUGUUUUCCCAAAAGAACUUUCAUCUAAAACCAAGAUGUGAUUCAUGAGUGUAAACUAUGACGUGAGGACUGAUAAUAGCUGUUUGGAUUAACAGGGUGCGCAGUAACUUGUGUCUUUGCCAUUCUGAGCCCCAGAGAGUGUGUGCUGGAGGAAAGUCUGGAAGGUGACUCUAAACGUCUCCUUUAAUGCACCGUAAUAAAUGGCCCAUGACACAACCCCCAUUUUCCCUCAUGAGUCUAGAGAGGGAGGUUUCCCAUAUAUGUCGGCUUCCACAUAUUUUCCACUUCAGCAUCAGUGUUGACAUUAUAGAGCAGCGUUCGUCCAGCCCGCUGGCCUGGUUCUCAUGCUGUCUCCUGGGCCUGGAAACAAACCCAUGCAGUCAGCUAACAACCAUACUUGAUUCCUGUCACUUCUUGGCUCACCUUUGUUGAAAACACUUGUUGUUGACUUGCCCAGCCCAGUGUUACUCGUAUCGGCCCAGGCUUCCUUUCAUCUCUCCCCAGGGCCAGGCCUUCUCGUGCAGGCUUGGCCCUAAGUGGGCUCCCCCCUGUCCUGAAGUCAUGGGGAUCCAGGGCAUGGAGCUGUUUGCCAUCGGCGUUGUCAUCAUCCUUUUCAUGGCAGUUCUCAAGCAGUUUGGCAUCUUGGAGCCCAUGUCUUCAUUUGAAGAUGACAACAGCGACAGUGACUUGGAGCUGUCAACAGUGCGUCACCAGCCGGAGGGUCUGGACCAGCUGCAGGCUCAGACCAAGUUCACCAGGAAGGAACUUCAGUCCCUCUAUCGAGGCUUCAAGAACGAGUGUCCCAGUGGGCUGGUUGAUGAGGAGACAUUCAAGACCAUCUAUUCUCAGUUCUUUCCCCAAGGAGAUGCAACCACCUACGCUCACUUCCUGUUCAAUGCAUUUGACAUCGACAGGAACGGUUCAAUCCGCUUUGAGGACUUUGUUAUUGGCCUGUCGGUGUUGCUCAGAGGUUCGGUCACUGAGAAGCUCAACUGGGCCUUCAACCUCUAUGACAUUAAUAAGGACGGCUACAUCACCAAAGAGGAGAUGCUGGCGAUUAUGAAGUCAAUCUACGACAUGAUGGGGAGGUACACAUACCCCUGUGUGCGAGAUGAAGCGCCCUCUGAACACGUGGACAAGUUCUUCCAGAAAAUGGAUAAAAACCGAGAUGGUGUAGUGACCAUUGAAGAGUUCAUUGAGACCUGUCAAAAGGACGAGAACAUCAUGAACUCCAUGCAGCUGUUUGAGAAUGUGAUAUAAGAAAGCACACCUCCACAACUCACACCCAAACAUAGUAACCCCAACCCUAACCCAGGAACUAGACCUUUUUUAUUUCUCGGCACACUCCUUUAGCUGUAUCUUGCAAACUGCUUCUGGAUUAAAAAGGACUACUACAGACAGAAGAAGAGAAAAGCUUCUUGGAUUUAAAAAAAAUCCCCGCCUGUCCGGUGUGUUUUUUUUUUCAUAUCCUGAUUGAAGAAACAGAAAAGGCUCCUUGUGUUUUUAUCAUUGGACAAAAAUAAUCAACAACAACCAACAAGGAAUGGAGAAGCUUCCAAUAUUCUUCUGACCUGAGCACACAAGGAUACAAGCGCACACACACACACACACACACACACACACACACACACACACACACACACACACACACAAACACACACACACACUCCCUUGCUGUUUGGGUACUGGUUAGUCACCGUUAGAGCACUGGAUGAAGUGAAAUAAGAGAAUAAAUAUUGCAAAAGAAAAAGAGAAAUGAACUAAAGCAUGUUUUUCAUCAAAAAUGUGAUGUGGAAUAAGCUUGCACUACACUUUUACACUUUUAUGUAUUAUAUGCGCCUGAAGUAAAGGCACUGUAGAUACCUGCACCCGAUACACCACUGGUGUGUUUGUAUAUAUGUAUAGUUAUUAGUUAUAUAUCCCACCUUGUAUUGGCCUCCUCUGUGCUGCACUGGGUGAAAGAAUAGAACCAGAACUGAUUUUUUGUUUUAGAAAUCUCUGUCUAACAUUGUGUUUCGUAGCAGUCCUACACAGAUUAUUUUAAAAAAAUCUCCUUUUUUUGUAUUUUGGAAGAUUAUGUUUGGUUGUUCAGAUUGGAAAAGGGAGUCUGUACAGUAUUGUGAAGAAUCAAAAUGACUGUCAAAAGUGUGUUCUUAUGCUGAAUUAUGCUUUGUCUUGGUUCUUCAGUAUCUGUCAGCAUGCUGACUCUAAGUCCCACAGUAUUAUGUACAGUAAGUCCUUUGUGAUGUUGGUUAAUUAAAGAUGCUGUCAACAGCUGCGA